AUGGCUGGGGGACGACCAGAUAACCUCACCAAACCCGCCGCGAAGACCGUCCAGGAGAAGAUUCAACAAUGGCAGGAGCGCAACGGCGCCGCCGCGGUGCAGGAGGAGGCGGCUGCCGCCGAACGCAAGUCGCACCGCCGAACGAAGACGGAGAGCUCGGCGACGAACGAAUCUUACUCAACGCCCUCGCCCGGUGCGAUCGCUCAAUUCGCGACGGUGGAGACAGAGCGGUCUGGGACUUUGGCGAGGUCUUCAGAUGCGAAGAAGACGGCCCCGAAAGAUGCGCUGGCGGAAUGGGAGGCGUUGAAGACGACGUAUUCCGGUCGAUCUCGCGUCACCGCAUCCGUUCCGCCCCCGUCCACGAAUCUAGACUACGACGACAAAGCAAGCGCGACGAUCCCGAACCUCCCGACUGCUGUCUCCACCCCGACCAAACGUCCCCGCCGCAAACGUUCAAAAACUGAAUCGGACGCGCGGUCGUCCGCCCUGCCAGCGCGCCCUUCGAUCAUCCCUGACCCGCACAUCGUCGAGCGAUCGCCGCGACACAGCACGGCACGGAAGUCGGGGAAAGGACAUACGUUGCGCCCUGAUCAGCUGGACGCGGAGAUCGCGGCGGCGACGACGCCGAAGAAACGGGUUAUAUCGGAUGGGCAUUGGCGGAAACAGGACGCCUCACCGGCGGUUGAGCUACGCGUACCGAGUCCGGAGAAAACGCCGGGUUUGGUACGCAAGCAGAAGCCGGUCGAGGAGGAGAAGCCUACUGGUAUUCCCGUUAUUCCGGGUCUGCUUGACAUGUUUGACGUGGGCUGGGAGAAAGGCGCUUGGAUUCGGAGACAGCCACCACAACCCGAACCGGUCGCUAACUCUGCCGAUGACAGCGACAACAAAGGCUGGGAAGGAGGAUGGACCCGCCCCGGGCUCAUGCAUGAAAUUGUAGAGAAGCAGCGCCGGCUCGCCGAAACACGAGGGGCGUGGAUCCGGUCACAGAACGGCGAGGGAAUCCUCCCGGGCGACAGCAUCCAGAUAAAAAAGCAAAUGAUGAUGGAAACGGCGCAGCUGAAGGAGCGGAUGAAGCAGGAGGAGAAAGAGCUCGCGCGGUUGGCGGCGGGGAUGGGCGUGCACGUGCCGUACUCCGGCGAUCAGCAGCCGCCGGUCCGACUCCCGAGGAAAAAGAUGGAGAAGGAGAAGGAGAACAUCGCGGAGAAGCUGGAUCUCCAUGGUGGCUCCCCCGGCGAUCCGAAGAUCAAUCAGUGGAUCUCCGAGCAGGCGGACGUGACGGUUGAGCGUGCGGAACGGCGGAAGAAGCGCGAUAGUGAGCGACAGUCGAGCACCACGGAUCCGGAUGGCCCGCCUUCUUCGGGACGGCAGAGCUCCAAACCAAAGUAUCGAGAACCACGGCGAGGGAGUGGCGAUGGUAAAAUCCUCCACGAUGAGGUCCAGACCGAGACAGAGAUCCCAAAUGGUGCGCGGAGUUGGCCUCGGAAAGCUUCCGCUCGACCUGACCCCUUAAUGGAAGAUGGGAUCCGAGUCUAUAGUGCAGAUCGCGACGAAGGUAGAAGGAGGAAGACUAGCAGACAGCACAGUGGAAGCCAUUCGAUACAAGCGGAGGAGUUCACAGCGAUAUCGUCGAGGCGGAAAUCAGGCAGACCCGAGCGUGAUGCGCGUGCUGAACCACCACCGAAUUAUACUGUGCCGGCUCUUGCUGGCGUCGCUGCCGGUGCCAUUGGUUCUCGAAUCAGCUCAUGGCUUCAUUCCACGCCCGAUCCUUUCACCGAUUCACCAAAAAGCAAGCCAUCACGCUCUCGUCGUUCAAAAUCCGGACCCGGCCCAUCACAAGCAAGCACGCUUGACGAGGAGACCAUCGUCACAGAGACGAGCAUAUCCGACGAUCGCCGGCGACAGCGACGGACCAGCCAAGAUGAGGCGACGGAAGUGACCGCAACGACGUACCUCACUGGCACAUCCCAGUCGCGGACGGAAAUCACGGAGAGCUCAUACCUGACGGAUAUCACGCGCGACUCCGCGAGCACCACGCCUCCGAGCUUGAAGCGGUCCGGCGCGAGGCAUUCACGCGAGCGACCGAAAUCCGUCGUUGCAUCGGAGUCGCCGUCCCAAGACUCGAGAUCAUCGGUCGAUCCGACCACCCUCGACCUCUCCGAGCCGUCAAGGGGACGGCCGCAUUCGUUUGGAUUCGGUCCGUUCAAGCGACUCUUCCCAAGCACGGGCAAGCGGCUCUCGACGAUCGUGUCCGAAGAUACAAAGGCGAGGGAAGAUCCGGACUCGGAUUCGGAGGCGCCGAAUGAAGUCGAGAUGCCGGCUCCGAAGGUGAAAUCCAUUGCGGAAACCACGAUCGAUGAUGCGGCUUCCGGUCCGCCGAAGCAGCUGCAACUCGUUCCUACACUUCCAACAAUACCAGAACCGGAACCAAGUACAGUAUCGAGCCAAUUCACUGCCAACUCAUCCACGCGCUCCCGCCACUCGACGAAAUCAAGGCCCAAGUCAACGUCGUUGAAACGUCGCCUCACCACCACCACCGACCUCAUGUCCGUCCUCUCCCUCCCCGAACAGCCCACCACCACCCCCCAAAACGCCCCCCAGCCCCUCUCCAUUCCAUCCACCACCCUCCCAAAAAAGUCCUCUUCCAUCAUCUCUGCCCGCUCCCUCCGCUCCACUACCACCACCCUCACUCUCCCCUCCCUCCUCGCCACCCUCCGCACCGACGAACUCAAAUACCUCCGCGAACUCCGCACCCUCGUCGACGGCGUUAUCCCCGUCCUCCUGCAAUGCGUCCUCUCCAAAUCCGACACCGCCCUCGCCGCCGGCCUGUUUGCCCGCACCACCGCCACCGAUGCGUCCAAUGUCGACGUCACCAAGCCCAUCGUCGACAUGGGUGUCGCGCUCGAGCGGCUAAAGAGCGUGCAUCGGAGGUGUCCUGUCGACGAUGCCGCCGAUGAGCGCAGGGUGCUGGAUUGGGCACGGGCGGCGGAGCGGGUGUAUCGGUUGUAUAUCGGGUGCUGGAAGAUGGGGUUCCGCGACGUGGUGGUGUGUCUCGCCGCCGGGGACGAGAAGUCUACGGCUACAAAGGACGGUCAGAGCGCGAGCGCCGCAUGGGACGAAGGCAUGCCGCGCAACGCGGACGGCUACGUAGUCAACGAAGUCGGCGAGCGCGUCGACGUCGCGUUUCUCCUCAAGCGCCCGCUUGUCCGCCUGAAGUACCUGUCCAAAACGCUCCGUCAGCUCGCGCAGGCGUGUCCGAGCGCCGAGGCGGACGAUAUGGCGGGGCGGUACGCGGAGCUGGUGACGGCGGCGCGGGCGCGCGCGGCGGACGAGCGGGCGAGGUUGGAGGACGAGGCGGCGGCGGGGAUUGAUGCGGGGCGGGCGAGGGAUCCACGGUCAUUGGCGCCGGUGAGUGGGGUCAGUAUUGACCCGAGUCGGUGUGUGGCGGCAAGGGAUUAUUUUGAGAUGCAUUUGGCGCAUUCGAGUGGGCAGACGGUGGAUUGUCGGGUGGAGUUGCUGCUCAGGGACGAGGCGGUGGGGAGUCCGCUUGGUGCGGAGGGGAAUAGUGGGGAUGUGCUACUGUGCGAGAUCGAUGAGACUGGACGGUGGUUGUUUUUCCCGCCGAUUCUGAAGAGUCGCGUGUCGGCGCGGUUGGGGGAUACGAAGGGGGAGGUGCUCGUGAUGCUUCGCGGGAUGCAUUCAGGCGGUGAGGAGUGGCAUGAGUUGAUGUCGUUGACGGCCGGCGAUGAACAGACCGCGCAGGACUGGGUGGAGAUGCUGGGGUCAAGUCCGAUGCCGCCGAAGUUGAAUCGGCAGCAAAGCUUCUUGGAUCGGCAGGCGUCGUAUCGGAAGAGCAAGGUGGAUAGGAGGAGGAAUGCGCCAAGUGGCGAUGAUGCGUCUUCGUACUUUACAGGGUCGGUGAUCACUGAAUCGGUGGUCACAGGGUCAACGGUCACCGCUUCGACCGAAUACGCUCGCCCGAGAACUCGAUCGCCAAGUCCAGGGGAGGUCGAUGUACCGAUUGGCGAGACCAGGCAAAAGACGACAACGAAGUGGCAGCGAGAGUCGCCCGACCCUCCACGGCGAAGCGUCAGCCCGGUUACCCCUCCGAGUGAAUUCGAGGAGUUUGGGAGGAAGGGCAAGUCGCCGGUGUCUCCCUUAUCUCGCAGUCCGGUGGACCGGAACGCCGGAAGGAGUACAAGCAAGUGCUCCUCGCUUCCCGCGGCGUUUAAGGGCCUCCAACCUACAUCCCCAGUGGAAAAUACCUCUCCAUCAGGACUGAGGAGGACAAAGGCGACAAGAUACCACCGUCAGAGCACGGCUUCACCGCCUGAGUCACGGCAGGCGACGCCUGAGCGAGUGACAUCUACCCACCACGCCGCGAAGCGACAGAAUGCUGCUCCUCCUGCGCCCAAGCACCGCUCCUCGGAGCCGACCACCGCGCAUACUCCACGAAAGUUGUCUAAAUCCGCCCCGAAACCGGGUUUCUCCGUGUGGCUUCCUUCGUCUCAAGUUGGAGAUGAGGAAGAUGAAGAAAUGGAGACGCCGAGAGCGAGAGCUCCCCAUGAUCGACCAGACAUGGGCAGACGGAUGUCGUCAAUGCCGACUACCGCGAUGCCAACCAUCCCAAAACUGCGGAAAUCAAGCCAACAGUGGACACCCCGAGCAUCGCGCCAUCAAUCUUACGAAGACCCUUCAUCGGCUCCCGCGAAGCUGCAGAAGAAAGCCCCUGAGCCAGUUGACGAAGAUCUGCCACCGCCACCGCCGCCGCAUCGGUCGUCAAAUAUUCUUAAACACACGAUUCCGCCGGUUGAACUGACACCCACGAACCACGGUGGAAGGAGACGCUCGUCAUCGCCUCUCAAGCAUGAGUAUCAGCCAUCCACUGCGAGCGAGUCUGAUGAAUCGCUGGAUACCUUCUCGGAUGAAUCAAGUAUCUUGUCUUCUGACUCCGAGAAUGACGAGGAUGUCGGCUGCAAUCCAGGGGUACUUCCCAUUCCACUGGCUGCUCCUGAGGUAUUGAAAUCACAGCAGAGGGAAUCACCGCCUCCAAGUAUUUGUUCGCAGCAGAAUACGGCAACCCUAAAACCGUCGGAUUCCGCUUCUCAAGGACCUUACCGGUCUGUUCCACGUCAAGCCGGCAAAUCGAUUAGUUCGAUCGCGUCUAUCUUUGAAUGGGCGGACGUUGGAUCAUGGGCCCCAUUGCACCCUCAAGAAUGUGCGAUUGUCAUCUCUCCUGGCCUGAUCGAAGCCUACGACAUGAAAGCCCUUCAUAACAGUCUCAACUCCGAUGCGACCGACUCGACCCAACCCGCCACCCGACCCCUAAUCGCCCUGGAACUGACCCCCCUCGUCCCCCUCCGCCGCGGCACCGCCAUCGACAUCUCCAUCCGCUCCCCCCCAACCUCCAACUCCCUCCUCCACCCCUCCAGCAACAUCCUCUUCCGCUCCCGCUCCCCCCCCGACUGCGAAGCCAUGUACCACCUCAUCAACAACGCCCGCAUCAACAAUCCCACCUACCUCGCCCUCCAAAACGCCCGCGGCCCCGCCACCGCCGGCGGCUGGGCCGAAGCCAUGGAGCGCCGCAACAACGCGCGCACGGACACCCCCGGCACCGGCCUUUUCGGCUUCGGCGGCUCUGCCCGCACCCGUAGCUACCGCGCCUCCACCAAGCGCUCCCGCAAUCCCAGCAUCUCCGCCGCCACUGAGAGCAGUGUCGGCACCAUGGCCAGCAUCAACUCCGCACUGCGCCGGUUCAGCGGGAACAGCAAGCUGUUCAACCUCGCGAAGAGCUCGAUCGGGUCGCGACACGCGGCGAGCCUAAGCGACAGGUCAUUCUCCGCGGAGGGCGGGGCUUCGGGGGCGAGCACGCCGCCGACGCCCCCGGGGAUGUCGCCGCACGGGCUCGGGGCGCCCGUGGGAUUGGGGAUCCAGGAUGCGAAGAUUCGGUUCUAUGCGGCAGAAGGUGGCGGGAUGGGGAUGGGGAGUCCAGAUCAGCCGGUUGCGUUGCGGACGGGGAUGGAGAAGCGGGUGGUGGUGACAGAGAAGAUGAGGGGGGAGAGGUUGUUAGAUGUGACGUUGGGAGAGGGGUGUUUUGAGCGGGUGGCGAGGACGGGGAUUGCGGUAAGUGUGUGGGAGAACGUGGGGGUGGGAGGGGCGGUUGCGGCGACGGGGGGUGUGGCGGAGAAGAGAGUGAAGGUGUAUAUGAUUCAGCCCUAUGGUAUUCAACUCGCUUACACUAUUCAUCUACCCAUGCUCGAUGCUCUUGGAACUCUCCGUGUUGAACCCUCCGUCAGGAACCAAAACAGCAUACCCAACCACAGGCUCUGUACAGGACGGCGAAUGUCGUUGAUAUAUGGCCAUGCUUAUGAUCGCCCUAAUAACCCGGGCCCUUUCGCCACCGUCAGCCCUACACUCAGCCUUGUGGGGACUCACUCCUCCGUCAGCUCAGGAACAGGAUACUUUUGUGGAGCGUUUAUUGCACAUUCCGUUUUUGACUACGAUCGCCGGCAAUCGUUCCGAACGAGCAGGACUAGUCGACUAGAUAAUGUGCCGGUAGCCUUAGAAAUUCACGCUGCCGCUCCUACCCCAAGCCGCUCCAAUCCCAAGCCGCUCGCCGGUCGCAAUCAACCUAUUACCUAA